AUGUGGAUAACGGAUUUAUGUAAGGUGAUAAAGACAGCUUAACUAUACAUCUUAAUUGUUUUUUAUUUCAAGCGUGCUGACAAAUCUGACUAUUUAUAUUCUACUGCUAAACAUUUAUUAGGUUGUUCACGUCGUUUUACAUUUGUGUUGGUAUUGUUUAGUUCUUUACUUAGUUAUGUUGUUGAAUCAAGUCUAGUAUUAACUCUGUUCUUUGUAAAUAUUUGAUAAAAAGCCUUUUAUACUUUCGUAAGUUGUGUAUCAGUUAGUGCAACGUCACAACCGCCAUGUUGCAUGGAUGAGUUCGACAAAGUCCCGAGGGGGUACCCCUCAUAUUUUUUGUGGGGUGUACUGCCAGUGGUUAAAUUUUGAGGUUGAUCUAAAUCAGAGCGAUCUCAAUUCGCGAUUUAGAUCCGUAUUUUUUUGGACAAAUACAUAUAUAUAUAUACAUAUAGGGGAUUAAAUAUGAGAGAUUUUGAUUAAUUGUUGUAUAUAAUUAAUAGGGUUAUAUAAAGGACAUUAGGCCAUUGACUUCGUUAUUCAUCCUUGAUGAAGGGGCAUGCCCCGAAACGUUGGUUUAGAAUAAAUGUUGUAAUAAAAAAGUUUAGUUUGUGAUUUAUAUAUAUAUAUAUACGCUGAAGGAGAGAGGGUAUUGGUUCUUGAAGAGUUUGGGUCAUUAGGCAAAUAAUUGAAAAGUAAAACAUCACUGCAAUACAUGAUAAUUUAGUCUUGGAGAGCUCAGAUUUUAUAGUUGUUUAAGAUCGGUAUUUUUUUUACCAUUUCAGCCUGACUUAAAAAGUAGUGCAUGGUUCACGUAUGCGGGUUUUUCCUGUAGUUUGAACACUUUAUUUCACAUUUUGAUUUACUUUCUCUUUUUAUUAGUUACAUGCAAGAUAUAGAAUGCCUCCGUCAUCAAAAUUUUCGCUUUUGAAUGCCACUCUUGCAAUUUUCGUCGGUGUUAUGUUUUUUAUACCAGUUUAUAUAUCGGUGAGUGUGCACGGGUUAAACAAGGUCUUUUUAAAAAUGCUAAACAUUGUGUUGUAAAUACAUAUUACAUCUAAAUUGUAAAUACAUCUAGUUGCAUACAUAUUUUGAGUGAUUCAUAUAUAUACUUACUUACUUAUUGUGAUAUUAUCAGUUAUUAUUUUUAAUAUUUGUUAUAGCUUUCUGAGUUGCCUGAGAGUGAAGGUAUGUAUGAAAAUUUGUAGAUAGUUGUUUUAUUGAUUAGAUGGCUAAUCUAUUGAUAGAAUAGUUAAUUAAACGAUCAAUUCAUUAUAUGAUUGAUUCUUAAUUCACGGAUUGUUUGAUUAAACUCAACGUUUAUUAAUAAUAACGUAUGUUAAAUUAUCAAUUGAUUAUUUGAUUUUACUAGUUGAUUGGUUAAUUAUUGUCUAAUUAACUGAUUGAUCGAUUAGUUCGUUGAUUGAAUAAUCGAUGUUAAUUAAUUGAUAAUUAAUUAGUUACUUGAUCUAUUCACUAAUUUUUGGAUAUAUAUCUUUUUUGCUUAAUUAGCCAAUUAAAUCAUUGAUUGAUUGUUUGUCUAGUCAAUUACACUAUCAACUGAUUACUUGAUCGUUUAAAUCACUAAUCAGUGAUAAUUUUUUGAAUGAAUUGGUCAAUGUAAUUGAGUAAAUCAAUGAUUAACUGAUUAUAAUCAUCUAAUUAGAAACUAGAUAAUUGAUUGAUUAUUUAUUAUUGAUGGUUGUUGACCCACUAAUUGAUGGAUUGAUUUUUAUCAAAUAAUCUCGUUUAAAUUGUUGAUUCGUUGAUUAGUUUAAUGACUGACCUAUACAUUUUAGACGAUGAUCCAUCUUUGAGUGAGCCAACACUGCAUGUCGCUAAUACCUGCCUCGAUUCACCUUCAAUUUCACCAGCAGAAGAUGGAUCCGAUAAAAAUGAGGAAGAACGAUUACUACCUGUUUUAACUGAAAUUCAGACAACAUGUGAGCGUUUUCAGUUGCCAGGGAAACCAAACCAUGCGCUAACAACUGAACGAGAAGAUCUUCGAUGGAAAUCUUAUGUUUGUAUUGGAGGAAAGUUUGGAUUGAAGAAACAUGAUUGUUGGGUCUAUUCAUUUGGGUAAGAAUAUAUAUUAAGUUUAUAUAAGUGGGUUGCACUAAGAAAUAUCGUAAAGCACAUGGUAGCAGUUGACGUCGGUGUAAUGGAAAUAUUUGUCAUUCUUUUCUCUAUCGUAUCUCUAUUUAAUUCACUAUUUUAUUGGAUGUCUCCAUCUUGUCUGGAUCAGUAGGGGUUCUCUGACGUUGUAAAACAAAAAGUUGUGCAGAAAUACAUAAACUAAACUAGCAGGUUAAUUUUAAUUUGAGGGUUAAGGCUAAUCCAGCUAUGAGAAAUCAUGCCCUGGAUUUUCCGCCACUCAUCUCAUAAUUUUCCAAAAUCAUCGCAUUAUGAUUUCUCUUAUCUUCUCCGAUAUAUCGCAACAACGCCAGCUUCCGUUCUUUUGUCAUUUUAUUUUUGUUAGUUUGUCUGUCAACCAGGGUCGAAACUAGUUGGGGGGGGGGUUUGGGGGGACACCCCCAAUCUUGUAAUAUUGUAGUUUCGUCGGGCAAGUUCGACACGCUCGUCGGGCAAAAACUAUGUAAUUUAGCAAAAUCUUUUACAUAAUUUAUCGAAAAGUAAUAGUUGUGAGAAAAUUUUGAUAAAUUUAUGAAAAUACUACUGAAAAAUUUGUGUUUUGGGGCAAAUUACCGAAACUUUGUAUGGAAAAAUUUGGGGAAAAAAGGCAAGGGAAGCAAUUAAACGUCGGGCACUCCCUAUUGGUCGGGCGAAACAAGCUCGCCCCCCCCCGUAAUACCGAAGUUUCGGCCUUGCUGUCAACGAUAUUUCAAGUAUUAUUAUUACUGUUCUUUUCUAAGCAACUACUCUUUUCUAUUCGACUGUAAUCUUUCUUUCGUGAAGCCUAUGUCUUUGAACGAUAUAUUAAAACUACAUAGUUCCACUAAUGACAUGAGUAUUUUCGUAUUUUUAUUUCAGUAUCAAACAUUCAUGGGUAAAAUUUCCAGAAGAGGUGGAAAAGGAUCUUGGCUGCCGUGUCUACGGUUUUGAUCCAGGAUUAGACUUCAUUGACCAUUAUUAUUCGAAGAAUAUAAGGUUUUUCAAUGCGAGGUUGUCCAAUAAAGACCAACAAGCACAAUAUAAUGUACCAGGUCCCCCGGGAUGGAAAUAUAGAAAAUUGUUAACAUUAAUUAAGGAACUUCAUUUUGAUGACGUAAGUCGAUGUUCUCUAAGCGAGUGGGGGAGGGGUGGGGGUUGAAAAUGUAAUGCGUUAUCAUUCCAGUUUUAGCCAAAAUGUAACGUACAGCACUGCAGGGCAUGUUUUAACAUACAAGGGAGGGAACAUUUGCUCGAGUCAAUAUUUACCCCCCAUCUUCUUUUCUCUAAAAGUAAGCAAAACAUUGGACGAAAAAUGAAUUUAGAGAAAUUUAUCCCAGUAACUGAAAUUUGCUUUGUUAAUCUUAUGCCAUGUCUUUCCUCAUCAAAUGAUUCAAUAGGGCCAUUUAUACGGGACAAAAUAAGUCACGACUUACAUUAAGCCCGUUCUCCACUACGCGAAUUUGUUCGCGCGACGCGAAGCGAAAACCGAAAUCGGGAAACGUGAUUGGUCGGCGAAAAAAUUCGCGGCGAAAAAGUAGGAUCGCUUCCUACUUUUUAUCUGUUCGCUCGAAUAAAUUUGCCUAGUGGAGAACGGGCUUAAGACGCGUCUUAUAUAAGCGGAUUUAUCGCAAUUACUUGCUAUAGCUAUAAUGUUGUCUUGAUUGUUUUUGUUUUAAUAUGCAAGGCUAAUAAUUUUAGGUUUCGGGCAUGUGCAGUUAGACUUUUUAUACAAAAUGUCUUAUUUAAGACGCGACUUAAAUAAGAACAGCUAAAAAUCCUGUUCUUAAUUAAGUCUCGUCUUAUCCAAGACGCGACUUACAUAAGAAUUUUGUACCUUUUAUACGACAAACUCGCGUCUUAUUUAAGUCGCGUCUUAUGUAAGUCGCGACUUAUUUUGUCCCGUAUAAAUGGCUCUAAUGUCUUUUCAAAAAUGCUAAACAUUGUGUUGUAAAUGCCUUAGAUUUAAAAAAAAUCCCAGUGGAUAACAUAUCCCAGAAUAGAUUUGAGCUGUUGGAAGGCUGGGCUAAACAAGUUAGUGACCGUGUUGUGGUAAUUACAUAAAAACACACCAUGCAAGUACUUAACUGAAGAUUCAGUCUAUCUACAGUAUAAUGCAACGCUUUAUAUCGAUAAACAAAAAUCUUUUCAGAAAACGCACGAAAAAUACAAACUUUUUCUUGAGGAGAAUGCCCCCAGACCACCUACUAUGUACAUACAACUGUUUUUCACCAGUAACCAGUAACCAUCUGUCAUCUCUCCAUACUCAGUAUAGUAUGGUCCCAUUCUGUAGAUUGCCCUCCCCCUCCCCACACUGAGGAAUUCUUAAGAGGCCCUGCAGCACGGCUAAAUUCCUCUUAUGAAUUAUUAAUGCUUAGUUUGAUAAAAAUACUUUUCGUCAAGGUUUGUGUUGAUCAAUUCUUUCUUUUCAGGAUCCAAUCGACCACGUGCGACUGGAUAUAACAGUGGACCUGUGGCCUGGAAUAUCUACUAUGCUUAAAGAUGGCAGUCUUCUGACUCAUGUCAAACAACUUAGCUUAGAAUAUGACUUGAAUAAGAAAACAGCCGAUCAGAUCAGAAAAAUGUACACCAUCACGCAAUGGUUGAAUAAACAAGGAUUUCUCUUAGCCCACAGCCAGCCAACGAAGCUUAGUGGUAAAUCAUAUUCCGUUCUUUAUGUUAAUACUAUGAUGGAUAUGGUGCUGAAGCGUAGUCGAGAAUUCAGUGAAUAG